GUUCUCCGGUACCCGAACGCGUCGAGGAUCUUCAAGUGACCACGACUACCCUACAAACCCGUACAACUUCGUCCUAUUACUCGGCUUUGGUACUAGCCUGUACGGCCUUGGUAGAAUGGCUGAAGGACUUCAGAUCAUGGACUCUCAUCCAAUGUCUUGGACACCCGAUGAUUUGGUUAACACCCAGGAUUCGGCCGGCCCGGCUCAGCACGUCACGCAAGUUCGCGAGAAAGGGGUUGUCGAGGUGGAAAAGGCCCUGAGGAAGUUUAGAGAGCUUGAUCUCGACGCAGGUGCCGUGACGCGGGAGAACUUCCCCCUCCCUACAGUCCAGGCGCAGCUUACCCGUGCCUGCAUCGAUAUCCAUCAAGGCCGUGGUUUCGCCAUUGUUAGGGGGCUCGACCCUCGGAGAUACACUGCAGAGGAUAACAUGGCAAUCUUUCUGGGGAUUUCGAACUACAUUGGCGAGCAAAGGGGCAUCCAAGACAAAAAAGGCUCCAUGCUGACCCAUGUCACGGAGUCCAAGAUCUGGACAACCCCACCCGAGAUGCGCCAUGGUAUUCACACAACUACCAGCCUGGCUUGGCACUGUGAUAUGGGAGCCGAUAUUCUUGCUUUGCAUGCCCGCUCGCUGGCUGAAACUGGCGGGAAUACCUUCGUGGCAUCGUCAUGGACCAUCUACAAAGAGCUUGCGGCGUCGUACCCCGAAGCUCUAGACACACUACGCGACCCGAGCUGGCCGAUCCAGGUGUCUGGGAAUCCACCGCGAUAUAUCCUCGCGCCGCUGCUGCAUGUUUCGGAGGACAAGGUCCUGAUCAGUGUCGAUCCAGGCCGGCUGGGCCUCCAUCCUGCAACUGCCAAGACAGGCCAUGAAUCCUGUAUCCCGGCGCUGAGUCCUUCACAACUCGAUUCCCUCGAAAUUCUUUCCGCUCUAGCCUCCAAACACCAGUAUUGUCUGGACAUGGAGCAAGGUGACAUGGUUUUCAUCAACAACCUAAGCCUUCUCCACGCCCGCGACUCAUACAUCGACCCCAAGGACGGACCUGGGCGUCAUUUUGUCCGGUUGUGGUUGCGGAAUUCGAAGCUAGCUUGGACGAUCCCCCAGUCAAUGCGUGCGCCCUGGGAGGCCGCGUUCGGCCCUGAAGGGAACGGCUUUCCCGGACUCGUCAAACGGUAUCCGGUAACACCGACGCCGGUGUACAAGCCGCCAAAGUACACAGCCGGCUCGGCUGCUUUUGUUCUCGAGGACGGCGAAGAUGUCAACAACCCCGGCUCUUGACGCGCCAUGACCAUUCCCAUCUUUCUACUUUCACAUUUAGUUCGGGACAUGCAAGGCCUGGAAUUAUCACGAAAGGGCGUACAUUCUUUGGACUCUAGCCCUCUGACACAAUCACUUUUCUUCAACGAUAUACACAGCCC